GAUCUGCCGCCGCCGACAACAGACGCGCCGCGCGACCAGUGACCGGUAAACUGCGAGAAAAGUUCCGAGAGUUGUGUGGUAUACGGUUUCACGCGUUGCACACGUGUUCGUUCGCGUCCGUUACGCGAUCCCGGAACGUUCGGGAUUAAAGACGAAUAUAAUGUGAUAUGAAAUAUUCACUAUGAUAUUGUAAAUAAAUGCGCGCGAACGAAUUACUCGAUUUUUUUGAUUUUUUAUUUCUUUGACGAUAAUAACAAUUAUAAUAGCAUAAAAUAAACUUCCACCGCCUGGCCGUUUUUUAUUUGCGUUUCGACACCCGAGUGUAACGCAUGUUUGUUGUUCAAAAACGUCCGAUGUGACGGAAAACGAUGCGCCGCGGUUGAGACGAUCAACACGUAUACGCACCGCCGACCGGAUCGUAAAAAUGGUGAGUUAUAACUACCUACAUCUAAAAUAUUAAAGCAAUAAAAUAUAAGAUUUAUCUCGAGUAAAAAUAAAUUAUUCCCGCGACGACCGGACGCAUCCACCAACGCCGCCUGCAAAGCCAAACUGAACACGCGUGUCUGAUCGCCAAAUUGGUGUUCGUGUGAUUUCAGAAGAAACCGGUCGUCGUCAGCGGUAACGAUCGCGAUGUGGUCGUCGUCGUCCCGGAUCGGUCGCCAAGCGGCCUCUGCGUUCGUGUGCGGCCGUCACACGCAGCUGCUCCAUCGCCUGCAGAACCCGCAGCAGCACCAACAUCACCAACUCCCGCAGUUCCGGCACCACCAACAGCACCUGCACCGACUGUAUUCCUCUGCGGCUGACGACGUGGCGGUGGCCGCGCCGCUGCGGAGCACCAAGAAAAAAUCUGACCGGGCGCCGCCCAAGCACCUGGUGGACGUGAAGUCGGUCCGCGCGGCCGGCGGUCGGGGCGGCGACGGUCGCGUGUCGUUCAUGAAGCUGUUCGGCAACGAGAACGCGGGCCCGGACGGCGGCGACGGCGGUAACGGUGGCCACGUCGUGUUCCGGGCGUCCGAAAACGUUACCGGGCUGGGGCACGUGCCCGUCGAGCUGAGGGCGCCCGCCGGCGAGAAGGGCUACAACAAGGACUGCCACGGCAAGUGUGCCAACCACGCGUACGUGGACGUGCCCGUGGGCACGGUGAUCAAAGACUGCGCCGGGCGCGUGGUCGGCGACCUGAGCCGGCCGGGCGUCAUGUUCGUGGCGGCCAGGGGCGGGGCGGGCGGCCACGGCAAUCGGUACUUUGCCACGGACACGGAACAGGCGCCCGAGGUGGCCGAACUGGGCGGCGCGGGCGAGGUGCUCCGGUACACGUUGGAGCUGAGCAGCAUCGCCGAUUUCGGGCUGUUGGGAUUCCCGAACGCGGGCAAGAGCACGCUGCUCCGGGCCAUCACGCGGGCCCGGCCCAAGGUGGCCCCGUACCCGUUCACCACGCUCCAGCCGCACGUGGGCGUGGUCCAGUACGACGACCAGGAGUCGGUGGCCGUGGCCGACCUCCCGGGGCUCAUCGAGGACUCGCACCGGGACCGCGGCCUGGGCAUAUCGUUCCUGCGGCACGUGCAGCGGUGCACCGCGCUGCUGCUGGUCGUCGACCUGUCCGCGCCCGAGCCGUGGACGUACGUGGACGUGCUCCGGCACGAGGUCCGGUGCUUCUCGGCCCCGGUGCUCGACCGGCCGCAGCUGAUCGUCGCCAACAAGGUGGACGUGGACGGGGCCCGCGACAACCUGGCCGAGCUCAAGCGCCGUUUGCCCGACGACGAGAUCGUCGACAUAUCCGCCAAGCACGGUGUCAACUUGGAGCGCCUGUUGAAGCACAUGAAGCGAGUGUACGACCAACGGCGUAAAUCUGCCGAAGCGGACGGCGCCGCUGACUCUGACUAGUAUAGCGUAGAACGACAUAAUCACGUUGUCGUCGUCACUUCGUGAUAUAUAUACUUUAUAUAGGUCGUAAUCGAUGAAAUGAUUUUUGUUUUUCGUAUAAAAUGUUUUUUACACUCUAAAAUGUAUAAUUAUAAUAAAAUAAUGACUAUACUUUAAAUCGUA